AUGCUCGAUAAUAGGGAAAUUUUCCGCUUAAUUUAUGUCCAACAGCUAUCAUCGCGAUCAGGUUUUGUCAGAAUUUUGGACGGAGGUGAUUGCGGAGCUGAACUCAUUCAUAUUUUCCAUCAGCAAACGCCUUUAGUCAAACGCACAAUCUACGGUACAGCAAACGCAAUGAUAGUUGUCCUCGCAGAACCAGGUGAACACGGCGCUACAUUCAAUGCAACCGUAUCAUUCAAUUCCUUGCCGAGCACGGGUAACACAACAGUUCCUCUACAAGUUUAAUUGCUGCCUACGAGCCUGGCACAACAGCUCCUGGAUGGCUUACCUACUUGAAACAAACGGAUUUAUACUUCUGCAAUCUUCUCUUAGAAUCCUUGUAGACUUGCGAAAAUUAUUUUCGGCAUAUUUCACUUAUGCACUGCAAUAUAUUUUCAUACUUUUUAGUUAAAUACACUCUUUAGUCGAAAA